CACUGCUAUCGCUGAAGUCAAAUAUGCACCGCAGAUAAGAUGCCGAAAAGCGUAACAACCCAGCCGAUGAAUCAAUUCUAAUAAUAUCCGUAAAACUUGCACCAAUGCGUAUAUAAAUUCAACAGUAGUGAGGAAACUAACAAGUUGGCAGCAUCAGAGUGUGUAUGGACUUUGUUAGUAUAAUAAUGAUGUUCAGUAGAUAAACACGUGAACUAACUACUUUCGUUACGUCAUUCGAUAAUCGAUACAAAGAAUUUUCAAGCAUAUUUGUUCCUUAUUUUCCAAAUCAACAUUGUAUAAUUGUGAAUAGUAAAAAUGUCUCCGAGAACUUUCAUUGUCAAAUUUGAUAGACCCAGUGCAACUUACAUUCCAGGAGAAAAUAUAACUGGUUGUGUAAUAAUCGUAUUGGAUGAAAGGAAAAGUGUUCGAGAUUUAAGGAUAUAUUUCAAAGGUGAAGCUCGAGUUCAUUGGACGACAACAGAAACGGAAGAAGAUUUAAAUGGUAACAGAAGUUCAAAAACAGUACAUCACACCGCUACGGAAAAAUAUUUCAGUAUUGAACAGACUCUGUUAAGAAAAUCAAUAGAGGAGGAUAGAGUCGAACUUCCGGAAGGAGAGAGCAUAUAUUAUUUUUCUUUUCAAUUACCAACAAACAUACCGUGUAGUUUCGAACACGAAGUAGGACGUAUUCGUUACACGGCUAAAGCAACCGUCGAUAUCCCAUGGAAUUUCGAUUGGUGGACUAAAUCUGCAUUCACAGUCGUAAUGGGACUUGAUUUGAACCCCCUUUCGCAUCAAUGCUUAGGAAUAGACGAUGAGUCGUCAAAGGAUUUUUACUGUUGUUGCUUCAAUACAGGUUCGAUACGCGUUCGAAUAAGAGUUCCAAGUACAGGAUACGUUCCAGGACAAUACAUUAUGACUGAAGUAUUCUCUCAUAUAAAAUCGGAGGAAGUUUAUAUAACGAAAAUUUCCGUGAAAUUAGAAGAAAAACUUAUCUUUCGUGCGCACGGCUCAAUAAAAGAAGAUUUAAUCGUAAUACAAAAGGUUCGAGACGAAGGACCAAUUAAACAGCUUCAUCAAUCGAAUCUAAUACUAUAUGUCCCAUCUCUCCCACCAUCUAAUUUAAAUAAUUGUAGUAUCAUUGAAUUGAAAUAUCGUCUACGAGUGAACGUUCAUGUUAAUGGCAUGCACAAAAAAGUCGAUAAAAAAUAUCCAAUAUUAAUAGGAACAGUACCUCUACCAUGUGCACCAUUAGCCUCAACGAAUAAUACUCAUCCAACAGCGCCAUUAAUUGAUGAAGAACUGUCAGCGUCUGCUCCUGAAAAACCUAUACCUAUGCCUAUACCCCGACCUGAAAUUAUUCUACCAACAGUACCUCAAGCACCAAAUCCUCCAGUAGGAUGGAACAUGCCACCGCCUUCUUAUGAAGAAUGUAUGCAAAAGGCUGAUAAUAUUAAAGACGAAGAUGAUUCGAAUUCCGUUUAUGGUGCUGAUCUACCAUUUGCACCAAGAUAUCCAGUUUUCAAUUUUAUUGUUCCUGGAACAUCAAAAUAAAUUACUUAAUGUCACGUUAAUAUACUCAAUACAUCGAUCAAAGUACAAAACUUAUCCUAUAUAAUUACUUCUUAGCACUUGAUUGUUUCUAAUGUCUAUAGAUAAGUAUUUUUAAGUUAUACAAUAGAACUUUUUGUGUAUUUUUUCUACUGUUCCUGUGUAAAAAAAAACUUAAAACUUACUUCAAAGCGAUCAUUACACGCGUAUAAAAAGUAUGCAGAUCAAAAAAGCAAUUUUUACACGAACGAAAAAAAAAGUGUAGAGAGAAAAAUUAAUUUUUUAUAAGAUAUGUGUGUAGUCAAUGUAACACAAUAAGGCUUUAUGUAAACACAUGUAAAGUAAUAUGUAAUAAAAAU